AUGUCAUCAAUUCUUUUUGAAGAUACCUUUGAAGUUAAAGAAAUUGAUCCAGAUGGAAAAAAAUUCGAUAGAACUUCAAGAUUUGUUUGUUAUAGUGAAAAUUACGAAAUGGAUUUACAAAUUGAUAUUGCAACACAUAUUUACCCAUUGGGUCACGAAAGAUUCAAAUUACUUUUAGCAUCAUCAUUAAAUUUAGAUGGCUCAGCCGACACUGGUUCAUAUGACACAAAUAAACCAUCUUUAGCAGAUAAAUAUGAAUAUGUUAUGUAUGGUAAAGUUUUUAAAUAUCAAAAAGAAAAUUCAUCAUCAAAAGUUUCUGUUUUUGCAUCAUUUGGUGGAUUAUUAAUGCUUCUUCAAGGUGACCCAAGAUAUUUACCAGGUAUCGAGUUAGAUGCUCGUAUUUAUUUAUUAAUAAAGAAAGCUUAG